CCUUAUGUUUAAUCUCGCAUGAUUGAACCGAGCUACCAAAUAGUCGGCCAAAAGUAUUUUGGACCGUGACACGAUACCGUGCGUGUGGAUGUGUGUGUGGUGUGUGUGUGUGUCAGUCAGUCAGUCUCAGGUUCAAUUCGAAAUUAUCGAAAAAGCGCAAUAUCUAUGACGGCGCGUAUCAUUUAGGUAAUGCCAUCGUUCCUUUAUUAUUAAACAGAAGGAACGGGAGAUCCAACGAGGUGAGACAACAAUCUGAUACGUCACUGACGUAUUAUCCCUAUUAUCCGUAUUAUCAAACAAACAACAGUAACAAAGAUUUAUCCAAGAUCCUCGAUAUUAGAGAUACCAGUCUACUAUACUACUACGGCGCGAGAAGAAGCGGAUACGUGAUAUCCGAGGAUGAUCGGUAAAAGGUGACGGGAAAUUGUAGCACAUCGCAGAAGCCAAGUGAGAAAUCAUAUAGCGCGGCAAAGGGGAGGUAUUUGCGUACACGACGUAACAAUAUAACGCUGGGCAAACGAACGAGUGAGCGAGCUGUCACGCGACAGUGGUGGCGAGGCAGCGGUAGCGGUAACGCUAGCGCUAGUGUUAGUGAUAGCGACAGCGACGACGACAACGAUGACGAUGACAAUGACGACGAUGAUGACGAUGGUGGUGACAAUGUUGGUAACGGUGGAGUACAGUGCGCAAGAGUCUCAAUUUUAUACGGCGUCGACAACCUGCCAGUGAAGACGACACCUGCUCGACAAGUUACGGAGAGAGACAUACGUGCGUGCGUGCGUGCGUGCGUACGUGCGUGCAAGCGAGCGAGCGAGCGAGCGAGCGAGCGAUUACAUAUACAUGGGAUGUAUGGGCGUAUGGACGAAUGUAUGGUGACGGCCAUACUCAAACAAUCGCCGAGCAUAACGUGCGGUGCGAGAGAUGCAGUGAUGAUAAUAAAAUAGAGAAAGAGAGGGGAAAAGAGAGACCCUGAGAGGGAGAAAGAGUGCAAGAGAGAGAUAGAGAGAGAGAGUAUUGUGUGUGUGUGUAGUGUGAAUGUGUCGUGCUGUGUCGUGCGCGCGCGCGCGUGCGUGCGUUCAUGUAUCGUGCGAGAGAGAGAAAAGCCAUCUCCGCUCACAGCAGCCGCGCGUGUGAGGCUACGGGACGAACCGGGACGAACUAAGCUGCGUCGGGUCGAGUCGAGUCGAAUCGAAUCGCAUCGCAAUCGAGUACGAGUGUAAUCGCGUUAUAUUGAGGAACACGAGAGGAGCGGCCGGAACGGGCGGAAGUAUAGGUCGCGCGUGUGUGGUCGCGGCUCGAAGCGGGGCUCGGUUAUUUGCAAUGAGCGCCAAGAUAGAUGUGAACAGGCGAGUGCUGGCGAUCAAGGCGAAGAAGAAGCGACACAAGCCCAGCAAGCGCAAAGGCAAGACCAAUUCUCAGGGCGAACAGGACGCGCAGCCCUCCAAGGGGCCGCGCGGCCAGGUGGCAGCCACUGCCGCUGGAUAUUCGGAAGGCGCCACGGCGCAACGCUCUUAUUCCAAUGACCACGGGAACAGAUUGGAACAAUGUCACAGUUCCAGCAAUGAGACGAUAGAGGAUGACGACGAGGUGUUUAGUAGUGAGGAUGAGGAACAGGAGGAUAGCAGUGACUACUGUAAAGGCGGGUAUCAUCCCGUGAAAAUAGGAGAUCUUUUUUUAAAUCGGUAUCAUGUCACUCGUAAGCUCGGCUGGGGUCACUUCUCCACUGUAUGGCUCUGCUGGGAUUUACAGGAUAAACGCUUUGUGGCGCUUAAAGUUGUGAAAUCCGCAGCCCAUUUCACUGAGACUGCAUUGGAUGAAAUUAAGUUAUUAAAAGAUGUGCGUGAUACGGAUCCUACCGAUCCUAAGCGCAGUAAGACCGUCCAGUUGCUCAAUGACUUCAAGAUCAGCGGCAUUAAUGGUCUGCAUGUUUGCAUGGUAUUUGAAGUGCUCGGACAUAAUCUUCUUAAAUUGAUUAUCAAGUCGAACUACAGAGGAAUUCCAAGAAAUAACGUUAAGCGCAUCAUCAAACAGGUCCUUGAGGGCCUCGACUAUCUUCAUAAUAAAUGUAAAAUUAUUCAUACAGACAUUAAACCCGAAAAUGUUCUUGUGUGCGUCGACGAAAUUUACAUUCGAAAAUUAGCUUGCGAAGCAACGGAACUACAUUCUAUGGGAGCAAAGUUGCCAGUGUCCUUGAUAUCUACCGCACCAAAGGAAUUUCAGGAACCUACUCCAAAUUCUAAAAUGUCUAAAAACAAAAAGAAGAAGUUGAAAAAGAAGGCAAAACGUCAGAACGAACUCUUAAGGAAGCAAAUGGAGCAGAUCGAGGAGUUGGAGGAACAAAAUAAGCUCGCAAAUAGCACGCGAGAGAACGGCGAGGUCGAGACGAAUAGUCUAGAUCAAGACUUCAAUACAGAGAGCUUAGAGGAGAAUACGGAGAGUAAAGGCUCGCCCGACACCUCGGAGCCGUCCGCGACCUCUGUGCACAUGAACGGAGUGGAUGGUUUAGCAGGCGGCGAGAAAAUACGAACUUUGUCAUCCGAACAAUCCGAGAAGAUGGAGAAUGUGACUCUCUGCAGCGUGGAGAAAAGCUGCGGCGAAGGUGUGCUACCACCCGAUACCGAGGAUACCGACGAGUGUAGUGAAGGUCGCAAUUUAAAUCCACCGGAGAGUAAACAACUGAAACGGGCAUCUGUCGCGCCCCUGAAUCCGGCUAUAGUGGAGUGCGAGGUCGACGUGAAGAUAGCGGAUCUCGGCAACGCGUGCUGGGUUCAUAAAAAGUUUACAGACGAUAUUCAAACUCGUCAGUACAGGUCGUUGGAAGUCCUAUUGGGAUCCGGAUACGACACUUCCGCGGAUAUAUGGUCCACCGCUUGCAUGGCGUUCGAAUUGGCGACUGGAGAUUACCUGUUUGAACCGCACAGUGGCAAGGAUUACUGCAGAGAUGAAGAUCAUUUGGCUCACAUUAUCGAGUUAUUGGGAGAAAUACCGAGACGCAUCGCGCUCGCGGGUAAGAAUUCAAAGAUAUAUUUCAACAAAAAGGGCGAAUUGAAGCAUAUCACCGUGUUGAAGCCAUGGGGUCUGUAUGAAGUGCUGACAGAAAAGUACGAAUGGACGCCGAGCGAAGCGCGCGAGUUCGCAGAGUUCCUAACACCGAUGCUCGAGUUCAAUCCGCUCAUGCGAGCUACCGCAGCCGAGUGCCUGAAGCAUCCGUGGCUGCAAAUCAAAAAGUGAUCGCGUUUUUUUUUUAUCGUUUCUGUAAUCCGUAAUCCCUCUCGACUCUCAUCCCGGUCAUAACGCCCAGAUUGCAAUCAUAAAUCGAGAGUGUGAUAGAAAGCCGAAAAGCUGCAGGUGUCAGCGGGUCAUUACACCCGCGUCGAAUUGUAAUUUCCGCCACCCAAUUUACGUACGAGAGUAGCAGUGGUUCGAAUUUCGAGAGCGCGCACACACAUAUAGACACACAUGCGCGUACACACACAUCAACAGACCACGAGACCAGAAAUGUACGGGAAUGAAUUUUAACAUACGUUAUCAUACUAAUCAUUGCGAGGACGUCUUUGUGCGCGGAAGGAAUGUUGCGUAAACCAAAAAAAACCAGAAAGAUUGUUAUACUCUUUACAAAUGGUGAUUUGACAAUAUCACGGAAGUCGUCCCGGGGAAAUAUUCUCGAGCGCGACGAGCGAAGUGUCGCAAAAUCCGAAAAUUGUACGACAAGAUGAUCUUGCUACAUUCCGCUGAUUUCCAUAACGGCCGUGUGUGCGCGCUUCCUAAUGCAACACUCUCAAGACAUCAGCUGACCUUCGUGUGUAGUGUGAUGUACACUUGUUAAAUCAUAUUUUUUAUUAGAGAUGAGAGACUUAAAUUAAAGAAUUUCAUAGUACUUUUGUUAUUUUACACAUCCGUGUGUUGCAUCCCUCGUAAUCGUUGUUUAAUUUAGCUACGAAUAUCCCAAGAGUCGUGAGACCUACUCGUAAUGCGCUGUGACGAUACUGGCGGGCUCGGUAAUGUGGUUUGGUUUAAAAUUAAACUGUUCGUCUGAACUCUGUUAUCCGUGUGUACACUCUCAUGUAUUGCUCAUGUCGGUCGCUGUAAAUUCUUGCCAACAAACUUGUCGAGUAAUUGCAAGAGAGAGAGAGAGAGAGAGAGAGAGAGAGAGAGAGAGAGAGAGAGAGAGAGAGAGAAAAGCUACUUAAUUAAUAUUUUACGUCUACCUCAGUCUAUGCGAGCCGUUCAGAAAUAUUCUCGAACGCGUAUACGUGAUGUGAGAUUCGCCGUAUUCGCGUGUCAAUCGAAAUAGAUGAACUUGUAUAUCGUAGAUAAAUUGAGAGAGAGUCGGUCGCUAGAUUCUUGGUAUAUACAAUCACACAACGUGAACGGUAAUUGGGAUAAGACAGUACGCGUGUACAGUGUGCAUUGACGACACAUUCACAUGCCAUUUAGCUAAUACGAAAUUGUAAAGUAAUUUUUCCAAUUUGCAUAUUAGGUAGACAAUUAAAUUUUAUUUGCAGCGAACGGCGAUAAGGCUGCGCACUUUACAAUUGCGUAUAUACAGUAUAAGAGAAAUCCAUGUGCGCGCGCACACACACAUACAUUAUAUAUAUAUUUGGCGAUAAUGCCAAGAUCAUUAUAUGCGAUUAUCAUGCAAUUUAUUGUAUCUCGUUCCGUCAUGUCCCGCGAUAUCGGUACGGUAAUGAACAUCCUUUUUCCUUUUGUUAUAAACUCGUUUAUAUUACUGACGUAAACACACGCUGUAUAUAUAUAAUGUACAAUUGCGUGGAAGGAGAAGAAUAUCUAAGCCGCGAAUCUAAGAUUUCGGUGAACACACGAACGAAAAGAAAAACGAAGGAAAACAGAAUCGUAGUACGUGAGUAACGUUGUGUUUCGUGCGAAUCCGUUUACUUCACACACCGACUGACUACUGAGCUCUCUGCCGAUAAAUAAUUGUCUUCUAUUUCGUAAAACGGAAGAAAGCGAAGCACUACGUUCCACCGGACUUUCGGCUACGUCGUGCAUACCGACGAUAAGCUCGACUUAUGCUUCCUACAGAAUGUUCUGUUUCGCUUCGCCUGCCAAUUUUAAGGUCGUUCCGCAAGAAAAGAGAAAAACGACAGAAAAGUGACAAAAAUGUUUUUCGAACAAUCGAACUGUAGAGAUGCGUGUGUACGUGGGGAACCAUCACGAUGUACGAAUGUUUUAUCAUUCUUGCUGCGAUAUCGUCUUUCCGAAUAUAGGAAGAAAAAUACUCUCGUGAAAUAUACAGCGUUAUGGUCUAUUUUAA